ACAUCUCAAGCUCUCAAGGUGUAUGUCCCAACGCCACCAAGCUUGCUUGUCGUUAAUAUUGCUAUCUCGACAUAUAUAGGUAGUUGCCCUGGAAAGGCCUCAGGCAGCCCCUCGACUGACCCUGACUGGGUGACUUUCAAGCCCGGAGCUUUGAUAGUUCAAUAGUCUAAUGGUCAUGUACGUACCACCACCGCUGAACUCUCCUCUUGCUCAACCCGAGUCGCGGCAACUGGCAUAAGGAGAAGAACGAGGACUUGUCGUGCGCCACCCCCAUUCUCGGAUUCAGUGUCUCAACAGCAUCCUCGAUCUCCCAUUCCCGACUGCGUGUGAAAGAUGGGUUUUCUCGGCCUGCGGCCACCGACAUCAUUCCUGCAGCUCGCUGUGGGCGACGGCUCUGCUAUGUCCUUGGACCAGAUGGCAGACUCGUCGACCCCGCCGUUUGUCGUCCUCGCGAACCAGUCUCACGAGUCGCAUCCUUCGUUCGACCGCUUAGUCCUCCUCGUCUUCGAGGCUGUCAUGGAGGUUGUCUGCGUCUGCCUGCCGGGAUAUGUUAUCGCGAGGUUGGGCCAUUUCGACGCUGACAAGCAGAAGUUCUUGGCCAACUUGAACGUCAUGCUGUUCACGCCUUGUCUGAUCUUCACGAAACUCGCAUCCCAACUCAACGCCUCUAGGCUGGCAGAGCUCGGCGUUAUUCCAGUCAUCUUCCUGAUCCAAACUCUGGUGUCCUACCUAGUCUCCACCCUGGUUGCCCGGUGUUUCCGCUUCAACAAGCGGGCGUCAAACUUCGUCACCGCCAUGGGAGUGUUUGGAAACUCGAACUCGCUACCCAUCUCACUAGUCAUCUCCCUGUCGCAGACCCUGAAGGGCCUGCAUUGGGACAAGAUCCCGGGCGACAACGACGACGAGGUUGCGGCGCGAGGCAUCCUGUACCUGUUGGUCUUUCAACAACUCGGCCAGCUUGUCCGAUGGAGUUGGGGAUAUCAUGUCCUCCUGGCCCCGAAACAUAAGUAUAGCGAGUACCAGAAUGAGCUCAUCGAGGAGGGACGCCCGCUUAUCGAGGAGGGGGAGGAGGACCACGACAGCAACCGAGGCGCCGAUGGGUUGAGUCAAUCUGUCGAUAACCAGGAUAUGACGAGCAACAACGUAGUUCGGCAUCACCAUAGAAGGGGUACGAACUCGGAUGACUCGGCGAUAUACGACCCUGCGGGCCGGACACCUGUCCCCAGCACAUCAGGAGAAACUCCCAACGAUUCGGAAGACGAGGAGGAGGAAGGACCGAAGAAGCUGAACGGCAAGCCGCAUAUUGUCGGAUGUGUCAGCCUCAAGGCCUCCCAUACUGAGGAACUCCAUGGCGCCCUCGACGAGAUAGAGUCCUUCCCGCCCAUUCGCAGCAACGACGAGGCAGAAGUGCCGGAGGGGAUGAAGGCCCUUACUGUCCGGAUCCGGCACUUCGCACAGAGAAGUUCGAGCAGCGUCUCCCACUACUUCGCCACCCAAGGACGCCGUAUCUUCGCCGCUCUCCCCAGACCUCUGCAGGGCACCCUCACCGCCGUGUCGCGGGUGUCACAGCGCAUCUAUGCCUUCCUCUGGGAUUUCAUGAACCCACCUCUGUGGGCCAUGCUCAUCGCUCUGGUCGUGGCCUCCGUCCCCAACCUACAGAAACUCUUCUUCCAGGAGGGAUCGUUUGUCAACAACAGUGUCACCACGGCCAUCACGCAGUCGGCCGGGGUGGCCGUCCCCCUGAUCCUGGUUGUCCUCGGCGCAAACCUUGCCCGGAAUACCCAGGCGCACGGGGCCCUGGAUCCCGAAGAAAAGGAGAUCGGCACCCGGCUCCUGGUCGCCUCGUUGAUCAGCCGCAUGCUCCUGCCGACCCUAAUCAUGGCGCCAAUCCUCGCCCUCUUUGCGAAAUUCGUCCCCGUCAGCAUCCUAGACGACCCAAUAUUCAUCAUCGUCUGCUUCCUACUCACGGGUGCCCCGAGCGCGCUACAACUGGCGCAGAUCUGCCAGAUCAACGGCGUGUACGAGAACCGGAUGAGCCAGAUCCUCUUCCAGAGCUACGUCGUGUGGUGAGUUAUUGCCCCUUUUCGUGGUUCCAUCCUGGCUGUGCAGACGUUAAUUAAUAAUAAAAUAGGAUCCUCCCAUCGACGCUCAUU